UAUAAAUGCUAAAAUACAGUGGGACUAGUCCAAGCAGUACAGAGUACAUCUUAGUUGAAUGAGGUGAAGUGAGAAAACAUUAUGUCUGAGGAUCUCUAUGCCGUGCCAGACCUCACCAAGAAGGUUAGAUUUCAGACAGAUAAGAAGCAGGACGGAAACUCUGACGUGGGUGACAUUGGAAAAGUAACGAUUUAUGACAACUGCUGGGCAGAGGGGAGUACUCCACAGGAAUCACAGGACUACACUACUGACGUCCAACAGCAAACCUCUUCAGUCAAUGUAAGUUCAGGAAAGAGGAGUCUUUGCAGAGCUGCUGGAGUGUUUCUGGGGCUGCUGUGUCUUGCCCUCCUGGCUGCAACCAUUGUCCUGGUGGCCCUGUUGAUUCAACACAAAAACCUCUGGGAGACGGACAGAAAUCGACUGUGGGUGGACAAUGCCAAACUGACCAGUGAGAGAGACGAACUGCAGACAAACAACAGUGAGAUGGAAAGCAUCAUUCACAACCUGACCCGCAAGACAAGCCGGUUAAAGGAUGAGAAAAACCUGUUGCAGGAAAUUAACACCAACCUCACCAAUGAGAGAGAUGAAUUGCAAAAGGAGAUUGAGACAACAUGCUGUCCUGGCGGUUGGAUGAAGUUUGGCAAUAGUUGUUAUUUGUUUUCCACCACAAAGAUAGCAUGGAAAGACAGCAGCGAGUUCUGUGAAGAGCAUGAUGCACAGCUGGUGAUCAUAUCUAGCAAAAAGGAACAGAAAUUCCUCACUUUAUUCAACACGCAAGUCUGGAUUGGUCUGACUCGUGAUACGAGCACAGGAUUGUGGAGAUGGGUAAAUGGAACGGAACUUUACGAAGAGUACUGGGCAGCAGGUCAGCCGGAUAAUAACGGACCUGGUGGCAGGAGUGAAAACUGUGUUGAGAUUGGCCGCAACUCAAAAUUACGUAACUGGAAUGACUUGGAAUGCUCUAGUUCUAGAAACUUUAUCUGUGAGAAAGUACUUCAGUAGUAUCAUAGUUUUCUUGUACACUCUUGGACUGAUCUGUGUUGCUCUCACACAUGUAAGAUAACACUAACACGCUGUACGUUCUCCUCCUCUGAAAGCAAAGGAGUGCAUCUCUGUGCUGUAUUUUUAUGUAUGAAUAAACUGCUGAGCUGAA